CCUAUUCGAUUUGGUUCAUUGUUUACCCAGCNUCCGGAAGAGGUUUUUCAACUGCUCGCGGGACUGAAAUCAUGUUGCUUGGAAUUAGGUCGUCUGAGUGUAAAUCCCCCGUAUCCGGUCGACCGACUUGAUGCUGGUGACAUUUCCGAACCGCCGUAUCCGCCUCCGUCUCAAGAAUUACCCCGAUUGUUCGGUGGGGUGAUGCCAGAAAUUGAACCGCCUCGAGGACUGCGUGAAAUAGAAACAGUUGAAGAAGAGGAGGACAAAGAAUCAGUCACGAACGACAAUAAAUUGCCAAAGGAGGAAGACAAAUCGAUUGUGGGGGAGCCGAGACCGGAGCACUGCGUUCCAGACGCUUUGUCUGAAUCAGCUGAGGAUUCGGAAAACAGUUCUGCGAUUGCAGCCCUCGUCGAGACACGUGGAUCUGGCGUAUACCAAAUCCGGCAGCUCAGUUUACCUCUAGCACCAGCACCUGCAUCAAAUGCGCACAGUGUCUCACAGUGGGCACAAGUAGAUCCCGCUAUCAAGCGACCGUCACUUGGGAUUCGUCUUGUCAAAGGCCCCGGAAUCAGUGGUCCUGUUGUGGUCCAUGUCAAACCAGGCUCACCGGCCUAUCAUGCAGGACUUAGAUUAGGUGACCGGAUUUUGGGAUUGGAUGAUUCGUUACUGUUGGCCGUGGCUUCCAAUCGGAGCACACCAGAGAUUGUGGCCAUGAUUGAAGAGAAGUGGUUGGCUCAUUGCAUUGGUUCCGCGAAUCAGCCACAGCCUGUUUGUUUGACCGUGAUCGGUAUGCCACAACAAGCGGAAAAUUCGAAUCUCUUGAAACGCGCAGCUCCUGAGGCGAAUCCCGUUCGUAAUGGCUACGCAUCGGAUCGAUCGAGGUCGCAUUCGCCCCACGAGAAUGGGCAUUUGUCAUCAAAUGCCACACCCGAACGGCAUCCAUCCCCUGUGAAAGAAGAUACGGAUCCUGGGAUCCCGGUGAUUUUGAACGAGACCGAUCAGUCACAUGAACCACCAAUUCCUGAGCCUAAAGAUCGUCCGGAACCUGUUCUAAAGACGGAAUAA